AUGGCAUCAAGAAAAACUGCGGGACAAAUCGCCAAAAAGCAAAAGCCGUCGAAAGAAAGUGUAAUCAUCAAACCAGCUAGUGAGCAACAAGUGGCUUGCUCGAGUGAACUGAGUGAAACCAGGGCGCUGACUGAAACACAACGGGAUAGCAGCAAUGCCGGAGCUCCCGUCAUCGGCUACGUGCAUAAACUGUCGCCUUUGAAGAGAAAUAGAAGAAAUACGAUGAACUAUUCUACGCUGGUUCUCCAAACCGAAAGUGAUACGAUUGAAGCUCUAUUGUAUUCAAAAAACAAACGUCCUUUACUCGUCGAUAGUGUCAACAGUCAUACACCGCUCAAGAUACAACGCUUUACCAAAUCAUCUGACGGGAAAAAACUCAUCAUUAAUGACAUGACUAAGGUUGGCAUUGCCAAACAAGGCGAGUAUACAUUUCAGUAUAAAGAACUUGGCUUCAAGACUUGGCCAAUUGAAGAAAUUUUACAGUCGGCGAACGAGUGGGAUAACGUUUCUCUGCGUGGCAAGGCUAUUCAUGUUGGAGACAUUGCUGAGGUUGGAGCAAAAAAGCUGAAAUUACUGCAAGCAACUUUCUCGGAUAACACGGGAUCCAUCGCGGUGGAUGUCUGGGAGCAGCACGCUCCUUUGAUUGAAAGUGGAAAAGUGUAUUUACUUAGAGAUUUACAUGUCCGUAUUUGGGCUGGAGUGAAGAAGGUCAGCACAACGGUGGACUCGGUUGUUUCUGCCAUUGUUGAUGAAGAUCUACAGAAAAUUCUUGUCAAGCAAGAUGAAAUUCAGACUGAUAACUACAAGACAAUAACGGUACCCAUCAUCGCAUUUGUUCAGAAAGUGGAGACAUCAAUUGCGUGCAGGAGCUGUUCGCGAAGGCUUCUCCAAUCGACCGACAGCAAAUUUGUCCACUGCGACAGAUGUGGAUCCACAUUGAGGAUUGCCGACUGCCGAGCGCAGGUGUGCGCCAAAGUCGUUGUGGAGUCUUCCGAAGGUGACCAGCUCGAUUUAACCAUUUUUCAAAAUGUUCUGCAAAGUGUCAUAGAAGGGGACCUUGCUACAUUGGGAGAGGAAAAAGUUGCAGAGGCACUGUUAGUAUUUCAAAAUGUAAAGAUCAAGUACAACACAAACACUUUUGUGGUUAUUGAGCUAGAG